AUGAGAUAUUCGGCUUUCUUCCUUACCGCUUUGAGCGUUGUUAUCAUAGGCACAAGUGGGUUAACCAUCGACAAGAGGCAGGACAGUUCCAGUGCUGGAAACUCAACGGAUGGAGACGUCGCAAGUGUGAAUGCCUCAGUCAACUCCACCUCAUCAGGCAACCAGACUGCAACCGACCCUCUCUGCAACCAAUGUCCUCUGGACAUUGGUAUAUGUUGCCCGGACUCCUGUCAAAGUGAUGGACACUGCCCCCAAGCAGAUAUUGAGAACGCCGGCUGGACCGUAAGUGUUCACCCAAGGCCUGCGCUGUUGAGCAGGACUCUUUCGGGUUACCCGUUUCGCUGCCAGCACAGGACGCUGACGGUUUUCAGAUCAAUGGAGUCAAGAUCACAGCACAGAAACGACAUCGACAGCGUUGACGACCCGUUCUCGACUGAAGUGAAGAAAGACAUACCUGAGAGACGCCGCCUGCAUGCGAUUGAAUGA